AUGGAGUUAUGGGAAAUGCAAGUGCUGAGCGAUGAAUUAGCUCAGGGGAUGGAGAAAGCCGUGCAGCUGCGGUUUCAUCUCUGCUCGACGUCUCCCUCUGAGGCCGAGGACUUGCUUCUGCAGAGGAUAAUAUCGACUUUCGAGAAGGCUCUUUGCAUCCUCAAGGGCGGGGGACAUGUUGGAGUAGCACCGGCUGCAGCUCCCGAGUCUUCGAUCUCUGCUGAUGGAAGUUCUAGAAGCGAUGAUACGAACAAGAAUGUCUGUCAAGAUUAUGGCGAAGCAUCAAAGAAAAGGAAGCUGCAGCCCACAUGGACAGAACAAGUGAAAGUCAACUCGGGAAACGGGCUUGAAGGGCCCGCGGACGACAAGUAUAGAUGGAGAAAGUAUGGACAGAAAGACAUUUUGGGAGCUAAAUACCCAAGAAGCUAUUACCGGUGUACCUACCGCCAAGGCCAGAACUGUUGGGCAACGAAGCAAGUGCAGAGAUCGGACGAAGAUCCCACCGUAUUUGAGGUCACCUACAAAGGAACACACGCAUGCAAGCAGUUCAAUGAUGCAGUUCCACAACCAGAAUCACCAGAAAAACAAGAACUCAAAAGCAACAGCUCAUGUUAUGAUCAACUACCGCAGAAUCCAAUGAUUUCAAACUUUAGAGCUAACCUCAGAGUUGACACUGAUGCUUCAGACAUCCAAGAGAUGCCGCCGGCCUACUUCUCUUUCCCAGCGACAAUUCCAUGCCAAGAAAGAGAAAGUGAGUGUUAUCCAAUUUCUGCUCAGGCUGACGACAACCACUUGGGAGGAUAUUCCCCGUUGUUCUAUUCUCCAGCCACAUCAGGAUCAAAUUGCUUCUCCUCUGCAACAUAUCAGAUGAGAGACUACGGGGCUAAUGAUAAUACAGACAAUGCAUCAACAAACAAUUCUCCGAUUGGCGGAAUAGAGUUCUCAAUCGAUCCAGUACAUAUAGAUCCAGACUUCCCAUUCAACAUCCCUGGAUUUUUCACAUGAUCGAAGUUCAAACUUUGUGAAAGUGGGAAACAAGAGAGUUGGUUGGUUUAACAACCACUAUUCUUGAUCAUUGCGAUAAGAGAACAGCAUUCUCGUAGGAAUGUCAUCCAGGUGCUUCAGUUAUGAGCUGAAAACCAAGGACUGAUCGUAUGGCUAGCAAGUUCUGCAGUCUAGUUAGUCUAGUUUUCAUGUAUAGAAUCAGAGUGUCAUCACUCUUUUAUUCAAUUUUCACUAAUACAUUAGCCUACCAACAAAA